UGGAGUCGCUGCACCAUUCCUUCCUUCUUCCUCUGUCCCGGCGGAUCCAGCACCCGAGCCAGCUGGAGUGCCCGCCGCGCCGCCCAGGGGGAGCCAGAUGGCGUUCGUCGCUCCUCGCGGCCGUGCGCGUGGUGGUGCCCUGGUGAGGAGGCGCCGCCGACGAGCAGCAUAAAAUGCGGGCCAGCCGGAUGGCGCGAGGAGCCGCGCGCGCGCGUCGUCGCGUGGAGAUGGGCCUCGUCCAAGUCCUGCCGCGACGACGUCUUCCGGGUGACCUGCGCCCACGGCAUGGAGGACGCCUUCUUCUAGUGCUCCGUCGGCUGGGUUAGGAGCGCCACCAGGUCAGCUUCUGCCGGCCUGCCCGCCAGGUGCUUGUGUUUAUUCCCAUGCGUUCCAGUUCCACUGUGACUCUGUCCUAAUUAGCUGUAGUCACUACCAGUGAGUAACAUUUCUGUGCAUCCCUGCUUGGCCACGCCUACUUGGUGGAUGCUGCGUGCCUGCGUCCGUGCAAUCGAGGUGUGGCUAAGAUUGCUGCGCAUCCUGGAUUCCUGGUCUUACAACAACCAGAUACCGAGGCUCGAUUCUCUCACCGAUGAAUAUUUUAGGACAAGUAGACUAGAAUACCGCAAGGUUUUGAUUGGUUUGAUGUGUGCCGGCCGGUAGUUGGCAUAGGACAAAUGACAAAUCAUACAUUAAGACAGUAGACAGAUCAAGAAAAAUGUUAAGUUGAUCGGUCCGUCAAGCUGUAGGUGAGUAUAAGGCUAAGAGCUGCUGCAACCACUCUUGCUUUCCUUCAGUUAAACAUACCAGUUUGAAACGAGAAUGGAGCUGCCUGCGUUUUUACAUUUUAGCCAGGACAAGUUAAAUAUGAUCAAAUCGUGCUCCUGCCCGGCGCACCCACUGCCAAUUGGACUAUGCGUAUAAAGAACUGGGGUAUUAUAUUAUAUGAAAACAUAAGUUAAGACAAGCCCACGGAGGCAUUCGGUCAAGUCAAGAAAGUAUAUUAUUAAUGGUAUAUAUAGCCCCUCGAUGUAAGCUCUUAUAGUAUAGGAAAUCCACUAGACAUGUGACAACGCUCAUAGCUACCGCUAACCAUGUGCACACAUAAAUUGGAUUAGGGAGCGAACUUGAAACAAAUCAGCCUUACUUUGUGCCUGUGUGCGACUGAUUGUUGAGCAAGAGCAGGAAAGGGAAAGAGCUAGACCAGAUGGGUCUGUCGAGCGCUGUGGAUUGGUGGGAGGAGUGGCAGCUGCGCAUCCUCGUCCUCGGCAGCCUCUUUGUCCAAUACCUCCUGCUCUGCUCUGCCCCCUUCCGUAAGUUUGCUAUUCCUUCCUGGUACAGAUCCAUCAUAUGGCUCGCAUACCUAGGCAGUGAUUCUGUAGCCAUAUACGCCCUGGCUACCCUCUUUAACCGCCAGAGGAGACAGGAUUAUGGUUCUGCAAACAGCAAUAGCAUCCUGGAGGUGGUGUGGGCGCCAGUUCUCCUGAUGCACCUCGGCGGACAGGACGUAAUAAGUGCCUACAAUAUCGAAGACAACGAGCUGUGGACACGGCAUGUCCUCACUGCAGUGUCUCAAGUCACAGUAGCUAUCUACGUGUUCUGCAAAUCAUGGCCAGGCACAGGCGGAGACACAAGGUUGUUGCUGGCAUCAAUCUGCUUCUUUGUCUCAGGGAUUGUCAAAUGCAUAGAGAAACCUUGGGCUCUCAAGAGAGCUAGCAUCAAUAGCCUAGUCAGCUCUUCUGAUACUGCCGCGAGGAUGGGAAGCAUGUUUGGCAAGACCAUUUCGCUUGAAGAGUACGUGCAAGAAGCAAGGAAUUUUGUCCAGUCCCAAGUAGAAGGGCAUGCAGUUGACCUUGAGCACAACCAUGUUCCUCAAGCCCAAGCAGAAACUGAUGCAGUGGAAUCCAACCAUCAUCGUCAAGCACAUGGAAAAGGUAAUGCUGCUGACCUUGAUCCCAACCAUAUUCUUCGAGCCCAAGGAGAGGCCAAUGGAAAAAGGCGCCUAAUCCAAAAAAGGGAAAAUAAUAGAAAAUAUGAUGUUCAGAUCCGUAAGAUAUUUGUGGACCUUGCAUCAUCGUAUACUGAUCGACUGGAUAUCCUAAAAUCCUUUUGGGUGCUUGAUGAGAAAAGAGCAUGCGCUUUUUUGCGAAAAGGGCUAUUAAACACAUUUGAUCUUCUCUACACCAAACAAAAGGUGAAUACAUCCAUGGAAAUUAUCAGAAAAAUUCAAGAAGCUAGAAAAGCAGAUAUUACAUUUCAGAACUUUUUUACUUGGUGCUUUUUGGCACUAGCUCUGUACCUGCCAUUUGCUGCCAUCGGCCUCUUCCACAAGAGUCACAGAGGCACUUAUAAUGUUAAUGAUGUCAAGGUUACAUAUGCCUUGUUCUGUUGUACUGCUGCGAUGCAGUUUUUUGCCAUGUACUUUCACAUGCUUGCAGCAGCUCUGAGCGGUUUACUGAUAUCAUCUGGCAUGGUUGCUCAGUAUAGCCUACUAAAUUUCUUUAUUCGCAACGAAAGGCACAGCAAGAAGAUGUGCGUUCUUAGUUCCUUCAACUGCAAGGACUUCCUUGACCAGCGUUGGUGCAUGAAGUCAUGCUCCUCAUCUUUCGGAAUUACAGAAUUGGUUCUUGGAUAUGUGAAAUGUUGCUGGGAGAAAGACAUAGUAGAUGCUGCCAGUUAUAGGAAAUUCAGUGAUCAGAGGGGCCAGUGGACUAUUCAGCGUAGUGGGUGCGACAAAGACCAGGAAUGGGGGCUAAACAGGUCGUUCGACGAGAGUGUCCUUCUCUGGCACAUCGCAACGGACUUGUGCUUCUACCAAAAGGGAGACACAUCAGCUAGUCGUGGAGAUGCCACAAAAUGCAGAGAAAUUUCCAACUACAUGGUAUACCUACUGUUUGUCCAUCCUGAGAUGCUAUUGCCCGGCACAAGACGAAAUCUGUUCAAGGCUGCUAACGCUGAACUGGAGGAGAUUUUCAAGGACGACAAGCCAUUACUCAAGGCCAUCCUCAAGGGUGGCAAGCCAUCGCUAAUGGAGAUUCCCAAGCGAAAGGGGCCAUUGCCUGAGCAGAUUGAAAGAAGACUUGUGGACAGUAUAAUCGCCAAGGUGCAACCAACAAAAUACAGCAAACAAGUUGAACACACAUACUUGGCACCAGCUGCACAGGAAGGUUUUAUCCAUGAGGCCCGGAAGAUUUCUGAACUAUUGUUGUCUUUGGGCGAUGAGAAGAUGUGGAAGGUGAUCAAAGGUGUGUGGGUGGAGAUGCUCUGCUUCUCAGCCAGUAGGUGCCGAGGAUUCCUACAUGCCAAGAGUUUGGGCACCGGCGGGGAGCUGCUCACAUAUGUAUGGCUCCUGCUGUCGCACAUGGGGAUGGAGACCUUGCCGGAGAGGGCACAGAGGAGGGAGCUUUCAAGUGAAGGAGGAAACAUGGGUGCUGCUCCGUUCACUUCGCGGGUCAGCAUCCCCACUGGGGAGGACAUGGUUUGAUCAUUGAUGCUUAUGAAGACCAUUUUCCCCUGAUUUCAAUCUUCGGUGUCGCUUAUUUUCUUACCCAUUGUGGACUUUCUUGUUUGUACUCCCUCCGUAAAGAAAUAUAUAAGAUCGUUUAGAUCACUACUUGCUUCUCUAGUGUUCUUGUUCUUCAGUUGAAUAAAACCAUGUGGUGCUUGUAUGUUUCUUAUUACAGUGGCUACCAGUCUGCCACCAUGUUUGUAAGAGUGGGGUCGUGAGUCAUUUAAAUGUUUGAUUAGCAUAGUAAUGUAAUGUAUUACUACUACCCAAAUAUCAGAAUUGCAGUGCUGUUUUCCUUGUUCAAUCUUGACAAUUGUUUCGUUGAUUACUACCCAAAGAAAGUGCAGUUGUUUCUUCUUUGAUUUAUAUGAUUUCUGCUGCAGUAUUGCUCCAGCUCAAUAUGCAGAGUGUCCGAUGAUGCCAAGGCUGGAGAUAUUAUAACAUGUGAACGUGGUCUACCAGAUGAAGGUAGAGCCUCGGCAACAGCAAGCUUCAGACGCUGUUGCGGCCAAAUCUAUCUCGUCGACAGCCCCAAGAAAUGUAGCACGCGAGUAAUCUGAGGGAUUAUGGUAUCCCUUUAUCUGUUCUUGGGAAAUAACCUAGUCUGUGUUGGAGUCUUGGAGAACAUACUUUGCCACCUAAUCCAAGGGAUGGAUUGCCUCCGGCCCAUGCCUGCUUCAGUUAAAAGACCUGCAUCCAUGCGUCGAGUUAUCGGUAUGUAUGUUAACUGUGAUGCUAAAUGAUCGUGGGCUAACUUGUGUCAAGACCUCAGAGAACACCCGUGUGUUUUGCUGUGAUCCUAAAUCUAUUCAGGAUAUGUUUUUGGGUUGCUUGGUACUGCCUACUACUCUGUACGUACUAGCUAGGCACCUGCCGGCUGAAGUUUCUGAAAUGCUACAGUGUUGAGGUAUGAGGUGGUCGAACCCCGAACAUGAGGACGCCCUGGAUGAAGGUUCAUCAUAUUGCUGCUGCAACAUUGGAAGCCCCCGUGCAAAGCCUUGCUCGACACUGCCCGACCGACGCAGCCACGCUGAUGGAUGAGAUGCAAGCGCAAAGCGAAACACGGAGAAUUGCCUGGACACUCACCCCAUCUGCUGUCAAUCGCGUUGUUUUACCGACCGGCAGGGGCAUGGAAUUCCCCUUGGCAUCGAUGCAAUGUCGGCAGUGUACCUUCUUUUUCUGAAUGUUGGGACUGGCGCUGUAGACUACUCCACGGUGCUGUUUCAUCCAAGGAAAAGAGGUGUGUCUGUUGAUUCA